GAACUUCUGAACAUUGAGAAAAAUCCGCGAAGCCGCAAUAUAACAUGUCAUCUGACGCGCCUUUGUGCUUGUAUGACGCUGACUUUGGAGGAGAAUUUGAGUGGAUUUACGAAGCUGAAUGCCAUGAAGACAACCUCACCUCCCUCCAGUAGCUUUGGGCUGAGCAUUCCAUCAAAGCAACAAUGGUGAAGAGCAUGCUGAAUGACCUCGAGAAAGCUAAAGUGGAAACAGACUGUGACAUUGCGCGCUGGUGUGAUCUGAGUCCCCCUUUACUGAUGCAGUCUGAAUGGCUCGUAGAAGACAGGAAUCCUAAGGUGCUGAUGGAGAGACAGGGAGGCUUGACCCUUGACGAGAUGAUAGCAUCACACGAGUCGAGAAAACAGCGAUGGAGAGAAAAUGCUGAAAUUGAAGCGCAGGACGAAAGCAGUGAAGAGGAGAUGACGUCACAGAAACGUCAACGGCUUGAAAUUGAUAAGCCUAGCCACAUAGAUGAUAAGCCAUUUGGAACAUUAGAUAAACCCAAGUCCGGAGAGAAUAAGGAUCCUCACAUAAUUUAUGAAGAAAACAAUAAAGAAGAUGAUGACACUGUAAGGGACAUUGAUGGAAAAACUACUAGUAUGAAGGCUGAUCAAGAUAUUUGCGGUUCUAAAACCUCUCUUAAAGAUAAUGGGGAGGAAAACUUUCCUUUAAGAAUUGUCAUGAGAAAUUCUCAGUCCAAUGAUUAA